AUGAGACUUGAAGCCGUCUUAAGUACUUUCACUGCCCUGCUCGUCUUGUUGGACUGGGAUCCUCAAGGCGCCCAUGCUGAAAUCCUGAUUUUCCAAUCUCCCUCAAUUCUCACCGUAAAAGAAGGAGCCGAUGCAACUCUAAACUGUAGCUUUGACACCUCACUGGAGAUUUCCGAAGCUGCCGUCGACUGGAAAAAAACGAAUGACACUGUCUUCUCCUGUGUUGUGAAGAAACUCCAUCAUAUUGAAAACUGUAAAAACCACACGAAUGGUAUCUCCAUCAAUUGGAACUCUGGGUUCUUCACUUUGCACAUCAACGGUACCCAGCUGUCAGACAAUGGGACAUAUUACUGUCAUCUUCAGAUUGAGCGACCCAUCCCAAUUAAGAGAGGACAGGGGAACGGAACAGUUUUGAUUGUUGAGGCAUCAGGAGACGCGCCUCUGGAAUUUUACACUGAUAGGGAAUGGAUGAUGAUGGUAGCUUGGCUGAUCUCUGGGAUCCUCCUUUGCGUACUGGCUACAAUAAUCUUCAUUGUCAAAGACAGGAGACUGACUAGUGUGUACAUUCGAUCGGGAUCAGAAUCACAGGAAGCUGGGGGAACAGAUGAGCCCUGUGAUCUACCGUCGGAGCAUGAGAAAGUUGCUGGAGAAUCUCAACAAAGUCUGGGGAGAGAGGCUUUCAAAAGCGUGAUGAUGAAAGUUCAGAAUAACUAUGUUCCUGUUAGAGUGAGGCAGGCUUCGGCAGGAUCAUUGACAAUGGACGGGCCAGAGUCGAUAGAAAUUCUGUGUUUUUCACCAUAG